AAUCUAACUUUUAACACUGGCUGUCAUGUGGAGGGAAUGCUCUUUUACACUUAACUUUUUAAAAAUAUCAUCGUGUAAACCAAAAGCCAAAUAGCCCCUGCUUUACCCAUUUAUUUGAUUGUCCAGCCAAUAAUUAUUGAGCACCUGAUAUGUCCAAGCACUGUGUUAGCUGUUUGGAUUUAUCUAUGGGAUGAAAAGACUGCUACCCUCCUAGAGUGUCUGCUGUAAGGUCGGACAGGGGGAUAGCGACAUAAAUAAGGGAGUAGAUCUUAGCAUACUAGGACCUUCCAUAUGCCGGGAAAAAGCAAAAGAAACGCAGACCGUGUGAAAGCUGUAGGAAGUUGCAGUGGGGUAGGGAAGCAGGCUGUGGUUUUAGACAGAGUGGUCAGGGUCAGGGUCACUGAGGUGAGAAGUAGCAGAGGUUUGAAGGUGAUGACACAUGAGCAGGUGUAUGGGAAAGCGUGUUCUAAUGAUGGGAAAUAGUGCAGAGAUUGAGCGAGCGUGAGGUUGUAGAUGGGGCCGGAGGAGUGAGGAGGGGAAUCACGGAAAUGAGGGGAGACCGGAGACAUGGGGAUCCAGAAAGCUUCCCUCCGGACAAAUGUGAGAAUGGAAUGUGAGGAAGCCCACAGAGCAGGCAGCCUGGAGGGAGGCCAUGGAAGUGCUCUUCUGCACUGCCUCAGGGGGCACAGAUAAUGGGUGGUCGCCGCUGUCACCCUCGGGGUCACCCUCUGCAUUCAUCUCAUGCCAAAGUCCUGCCUUCCCUACACGGCCCAGUUGCUAGUGCUCGCCUGUUCCUGGAGGACCGGGGACUCCUCUGGUGGGCAGCUCUGGCUCAGGGAUCCUGGUACCCUGGCUGAGGCUCUCACAGCUCCGUUGUUGCUUCCUAUCCCAUCUCGCUUGCUCUCUUCUCCUUUUCCGUCGAUGUCAAGCUGCAUGAAAGUCUGAAGCUCCUUCCUGCCAACUCCUGCUCCCUACCACCUAUGACAGGCAUUUUCUCCAACAGAUCCCUUAUACAUCUGCUCCCAGAACUGCUUCUCAGCACCCAAAGAGACUUAAGAGACCGCAAUCCAAGCAAGGGAUGGUGGUGCAGUCCGUCAGCUGAUAGUCACAGAGUGGAUGGGCAGUAGUCAGAGUCUGUACAUUUGAAUGUACAAAUAACGAUUGACCCAUGUUAUUUAUGGGGUGCUAAAGGAGAAGAGUCCAGGAUGACAUCAGGGUUUUCGGCUCGAGUGUCUUUAUAGAUGGGGUUGUUGACUGAGAGCGGGAAGGCUGUGAGAGGACCAGUUCUGAGUCUGAUUAGGCGCUGGUUUUGAACAUGUUAUGCAUAGGAUGACUCUGGGACAUUCAGGUAGAAGAAUCAAUGAGUUGAGAAUAUCUAGGACAGCCUGAGCUAGAGAUAGAUAUCUUGGGCCUAUAGAUGAUACGUGAAGCUAUGAAAUCCGAUCAAAUCACCAAGGGAGGGAGCACAGAUGGAGUCCACGGACUGAGCUCCAAGCACUGCAGCACUACAGGAAGGGGAAGGGAGGAGGAACCAGCCCAGGCACUGAGCAAGAGCCACCAGUGAAGUGGGAAGGAGAUCACAGAUGUCCCCCGGAAGCCAGGGGCACAGGUGCUUUACCCCUUGGGAAUUAGGAUGAAGCCAAGGGCGGGUUUGUGAGUACAAAUCCUGGUUUAUUAAAGCCUGAUAUUAGUUUGGCAUAACCUCCUCUUUCCCCUUUUUUCUCUCUUAUUUGGAAAAAAUCCCAUUUUAUUUAAAAAUCUCCUGUCUCUGAAGUCCUUUCCCUUUCUCACCUUCCCUUUAUUCUUCCAGUAGCUUUGGCCAACUAUGUACGCAUGUGGAAACUAUUUGGUUCUACUGAUUACAUAGACUUGGGAUACAUCAUACCUCCCCAAAACCUGCACUCUAAGCAGUUUAAAUUCUCUAGAAAUGGGCAGAGGGGUUAUUUUUUUUGAGGGGGUAGAGAUUCCUGAAGGCAACGCCACAAUGAUGAAGAAACUGGCAGCCAGAGGACCUUCAUGUGGGAUUUGUCCCUCCUCCUAAGACGAAUGGUUUCCUUUUGGGUCCACGGACACAGUAAGAUCCUUGCUUUUUGGGGUGAAGGUAGAGGUAUAGCCUUCUGUGAGUGAGACACCAUGAAAAUUAUUCCAAAAUAACAACUAUAUUUUGUCUACAUCUGCAUUGGAGAAGACUCAGACCUCUUGUUACAGAUUAAAAGCUGGCUUGGCUGAGGCCAGCCCCUCCGGCAGGUGAAGCGAGGCCCCGGUGUGGCAUCAAGGCCCCUCUCCCCACUUGAGAUCACUCCGCAGGAGCUUUCCCAGCUGUGAUCUUGGCCUCCACUGGAUAUGCCUUGUACUCUCACCUCCCUGCCUUCAGGUUUCCCAUUUGUGAUCUAUAUGAAUCAAUUGAAAUUGUGUCACUUAGAGUCAUUCCGACUCGGGUGAUGGGACCUUCGGCAUGGAGAUGGUGGAGAUGUUGCAAACGCACACAGUCUUGCACAGACAAAGCUUUACUGGGGGAAUGUUUUGUGGUACCUCAUAUACCUCAAUAGUAGGUAGGGACUACAGAAUGCUGACUACAGGCCUACGUCAUUCUGUGAUCCUGCUGUGACCCUCAACUGUGGGAUGCCUUCACAACUGUCAUCAAGUGAUGCCCAUGUCCACCUGACAUGGUUCUUCUCAGUCUCCUCACUUGCUCUUCAGAGAGGCCUUGAGCAGGAUUGGCAACAGUGAAGGCAUAGAACAGAGGGUCUUACUGCUCUGAUGACGCACAGCCUCUAAGGUCUGAAGGUCAUCGUGGGGGCCUUACUGCGCUCCGUGAAGAAGCUUGUUGACGUGAUGGUCCUCACCCUCUUCUGCCUCUGCAUCUUCGCCCUGGUAGGUCAGCAGCUUUUCCAGGGCGUUCUGAGCCAGAAAUGUGUCAAGGAAGGCUGUAACAGGACUCAUGAGACAAAUGAAUCUUGCUUUGUAACAGAAGAUAACUCCCUCAGACCCAAAAUGUGUGGCACUUGGCAAGUCGACAGGUGUCCCUCAAAUUCUGAAUGCUUACCAACUGGUGUUAAUCCUGACAAUAAUUAUACAAACUUUGAUAACUUUGGUUGGUCUUUUCUUGCCAUGUUCCGGCUUAUGACUCAAGACUCCUGGGAGAAGCUUUAUCAACAGACCUUGCGUACUGCUGGGCCCUUCUCAGUCUUCUUUUUUGUGGUGGUCAUCUUCUUGGGCUCCUUCUACUUGAUUAACUUAACCCUGGCGGUCGUCACCAUGGCUUAUGAGGAGCAGAACAGGAAUGUAGCUGCAGAGACAGAGGCCAAAGAAAAGAUGUUUCAGGAAGCCCAGAAGCUGAUACAGGAGGAGAAGGAGGCUCUGGUUGCCAUGGGAAUUGACCGAAGUUCACUGACUUCCCUCCAAGCAUCAUCUUUUUCUCCAAAGAAGAAAAAGUUUUUUGGUACAACUAAAAGAAAAUCUUUCUUUUUAAGAGGAUCUAAGAAAGACAAAGCUCCAGGAUCAGAUUCUGAAGAAGAGUCCUCAAAAAAUCCACCCCUCCUGGAACAAACCAAGCGGCUAUCUCAGAAUCUUCCAGUAGACAUCUUUGAUGACCACGGAGACCCUUUCCAAAGGCAGAGGGCACUGAGUGCUGUCAGCAUCAUCACCAUCACCAUGCAGGAACAAGAAAAGCAACAGCAGCCUUGUCUCGCAUGUGGGGAAAACUUGGCAUCCAAAUACCUUAUAUGGAACUGUAGCCCCAAGUGGCUGCGCAUUAAGAAGGCCCUGAGAAUUGUGAUGGCGGACCCCUUUACUGAGUUGGCUGUCACCAUCUGCAUUAUAAUCAACACUAUCUUUUUAUCUAUGGAGCAUCAUCAAAUGGAUGAAGAUUUUAAGAAAAUGCUGAAAACGGGGAAUUGGGUUUUCACUGGCAUUUUCAUCGCAGAAAUGUGCCUAAAAAUCAUUGCGCUCGACCCCUACCACUACUUUCGCCACGGCUGGAACAUUUUCGACAGCGUUGUUGCUAUUGUGAGCCUUACAGAAGCCAUCACUGACAAGUGGGUAUUUCUGCGUUCCUUCAGAGUGCUGAGGGUCUUCAAGUUAGCCAAGUCCUGGCCAACCUUAAACACCCUGAUUAAGAUAAUUGGCCACUCUGUUGGAGCCCUUGGAAACUUGACUGUGGUGCUAGCCAUCGUGCUCUUUAUUUUCUCAGUGGUUGGCAUGCAGCUUUUUGGCCAUAAAUUCUGCUCCGUACGGAAUCUGAAGUUUUGUAACGCUAGUAAGAAGUCCUGCUACCGUCGCUGGCACAUGGGAGAUUUCUACCAUUCCUUCCUGGUGGUGUUCCGCAUUCUGUGUGGGGAGUGGAUCGAAACCAUGUGGGAAUGCAUGCAAGAAGUUAGCAUACCUCUGUGUGUUCUCGUCUUCGUGUUGAUUAUGGUGAUAGGAAAACUUGUGGUGCUCAACCUCUUCAUUGCUUUACUGCUCAAUUCCUUCAGCAACGAGGAGAGAAAUGGAAACCUAGGAGAGGCCAAAAAAACCAAAGUCCAGUUAGCGCUGGAUCGCUUUCGCCGGGCUUUUUAUUUUGUGAUUCAUACUCUUCUGAAUUUCUGCCGCAAGCGGUUCAAGCGACAAAAGUUACCAAAGCAAAAAGAGACGACAGGAGGCUCAGCUGCAGACAGCAGAGACACCAUUCCCCAGGUCACAGAGAUGAAAGGGCGGUCAGAGCCCCAGCUGGAGUUAGAGGCACUCGCCUCUGCAUGGAAGACCUCGCCUGAGGAGAUUGGUCUGGCCCCGCUUGCAAAGGAAGAGGACGAUUGUGGGUAUGCUGAUAGAGAUGAUGAAUUGCCCAUCACAUCAGUUGAUGCUGGAAGACAGGGCUGUGAUCUUCAUCAGGAAAUGCAGAGGCCCCUCAGCCCAGGAGUUCCAAGUGUGGAAAUUGAUGUGUUCUCUGAAGAUGUUUCUGUGGCCACACAGACUCUCCGGAAGAAGUCUGAUGCAGCCAGUGUGCUUUCAGAAUGCAGCACUAUUGAUCUGCAGGGUCCUGUUAGAAAUUUGUAUAAUUUGGUUCCCUCCCAAAAGCAACCAGAAAGAUGUUUGCCCAAAGGCCUGAGUUACUACUUUCUAUGCUGUAAAAGAGACAAGAGAAAGUCACCCUGGGUCGUGUGGUGGAACCUGCGGAAAACCUGCUACCAAAUAGUCAAGCACAGUUGGUUUGAGAGCUUUAUUAUCUUUGUGAUUCUGCUGAGCAGUGGGGCACUGAUAUUUGAAGACAGUAAUCUUCAUAAAUCUCCCCACAUCCAAAAGUUACUAAACUGUACUGACAAUAUUUUCACGUCGAUUUUUGUUCUGGAAAUGGCUCUGAAAUGGGUAGCCUUUGGAUUUAUGAAGUAUUUCACCAAUGCGUGGUGCUGGCUUGAUUUCAUCAUUGUGGUUGUCUCUGUGGUCAGUUUUAUGAAUAAUACAGGCUUGAAAGCCUUCCGGACUCUGCGGGCACUGAGGCCUCUUCGAGCCCUGGCUCGAUUUGAAGGAAUGAAGGUGGUGGUGAACGCUCUCAUAGGCGCCAUACCUGCCAUCGUGAAUGUUCUGCUUGUCUGUCUCAUUUUCUGGCUCAUAUUUUGCAUUCUGGGAGUAAACUUCUUUUCUGGAAAGUUUGGAAAUAAUACCAAAAUUUUCAAAGAUGACAAAUGUCCUGGAGAAAAUCACACCAGGCAACCCCUGAAUGUCAACUUUGACCAUGUGGGCAUGGCUUACCUCGCUCUGCUGCAAGUGGCAACAUAUAAGGGCUGGCUGGACAUUAUGUAUGCAGCUGUUGAUUCCACAGACACAGAAGAGCAAUUCGAGGCAAAUCCAUACAUGUACCUUUACUUCGUAGUUUUUAUCAUCUUUGGCUCAUUCUUUACGUUGAAUCUCUUCAUUGGUGUUAUUAUUGACAACUUCAAUCAACAGCAGAAAAAGAUAAGUGGCCAAGACAUUUUUAUGACAGAAGAACAGAAGAAAUACUAUAAUGCAAUGAAAAAAUUAGGAACUAAAAAGCCUCUGAAACCAAUUCCAAGGCCUCUGAACAAAUGUCAAGGUCUUGUGUUCGACCUGGUCACACACCAGCUUUUUGAUGUUUUCGUCAUGAGUCUCAUUGCCCUGAACAUGCUUUGCAUGAUGGUUGAGACACGACACCAGUCGGAUUACACGACUGCGGUGCUUGAAUAUCUCAACACGGCCUUUGUGAUCAUCUUUACAGUAGAGUGUCUCAUCAAAAUCUUUGCUUUGAGGCAGUAUUACUUCACCAAUGGCUGGAAUUUAUUUGACUGUGUGGUCGUGGUUCUUUCUAUUGUUAGUGCACUGAUUACCUUAGCGCACAAGAAGACCAUUCUUUUCCCUCCAACACUCCUCAGAAUUAUCCGCUUGGCUCGAAUUGGCCGAAUCCUGAGACUUGUUCGGGCGGCGCGAGGAAUCAGGACUCUCCUUUUUGCUCUAAUGAUGUCCCUUCCCUCGCUGUUCAACAUUGGUCUUCUACUCUUUUUGGUUAUGUUUAUUUAUGCCAUUUUGGGUAUGAACUGUUUUUCUGAAAUGGAGAAAAAAGGUGAAAUCGAUGACAUAUUGAACUUCGAUACUUUCGGUGGCAGCAUGCUCUGUCUCUUCCAGAUAACCACAUCCGCAGGCUGGGAUUCUCUCCUUAACCCCAUGCUGGGACUUAACUCCUCAGGGAGACCUUACCUCUCUGCCAUAGCCAUAACCUACUUUGUCAGUUACAUCAUCAUCUCCUUUCUCAUCGUUGUCAACAUGUAUAUUGCUGUAAUUCUAGAGAACUUCAAUGUAGCCACGGAAGAAAGUGAAGAGCCUUUGGGUGAAGAUGACUUUGAAAUAUUCUAUGAAGUCUGGGAGAAGUUUGACCCCAAAGCAACACAGUUUAUCCAUUAUUCUGCCCUUUCUGACUUUGCCGAUGCCUUGCCUGAGCCAUUGCGUGUGGCAAAACCAAAUAAAUUCCAGUUUCUGGUAAUGGACUUGCCUAUGGUGAGUGGCGAUCGCCUGCACUGCAUGGAUAUCCUCUUUGCUUUCACCACCAGGGUCCUCGGAGAGUCCAGUGGCCUGGACACUAUGAAAGCAAUGAUGGAGGAGAAGUUCAUGGAAGCCAAUCCUUUCAAGAAGUUAUAUGAACCCAUAGUCACCACCACCAAGAGAAAGGCAGAGGAAAAGGGUGCUGCUGUUAUUCAAAAGGCCUUUCGAAAGUACAUGAUGAAGACGACCAAAUGUGCUGGGGAAAGCAGGCCGCCUUCACCUCAGAUGCUUUCCAAUGGAGACCUGCCGGGCUCCGAGGUGGUCAAGCGCAAGGUUCAUUAUGACUGAGUCCCUUAUCUGCACCCCUACCUCACAGCCUUACGCCAUCCAGCUUCAGAGCUCCAGGGUCCACAGUUUGGUGUAUGAAUAUGCAAGGGAAUUUCUGAACUAGCCAUUUAUUUUUCUGGCUGAAAGAUGUGAGGUUUCAGUAUUCACUUUAAUUCUUGCAGAAAUUUAGGGUACGGCUGCCUAUUAAUCACCGAUACUUUUAGUAAAGAAGGAGACCUAAGAAUAUGCUGCAGAGGACCUCUAUGCUUAUGUUAGGGUUGAAACACAUCAAAUUAUGUAAAAACAAAACAGUAAAGAAACACAAAAUCACAUUAAAAUGUAAAUGGUGUUCCUGUAUGUUUCUAAGUACCAUAACCAAUAUCUUCAAUGUUUUUCUGAUGUCAGUAUGUAGUUUGUCACAUGUAGCUUUUUCGCAUGCCAAGUUAAAAUUUAAAACCUCCAAUAAAGGAACAGCUCAUUACA